AAAAAAAAAUAACAAAGAAAUGAGAUGUAAUUAUUUAAUUAAUGAUAGGGGCAUUCUGUAGCAAACCACCUCGUACCUCAGCAUGGCAGCGACUAGUAAUACAUACUAACCCCAUUCACGAUAUUAGGCUUUUAACUAAUCCAAAAGGUGCUGACAAUAAAAACUAAUCCAAAAAGGUACUCCCUCCGUUUUUUUAUAUAAGUCGUUUUAGAAGAAUUUUUAUGUUCCAAAUUAUAUGACGUUUUCGGUUUUCUAUGUAAAAUUUAUUAACACUUAAUGUUAUAUGACCAAUGAUAAUAUACCUUCUAUUUUAUUAUUGGUUGAUUUGUGGUUAGGUAAAUAAUUAAUGAUGUUUUUAUUUAGAAAAUAUAAAAAAUUAAUGAUUUCUUAAUUUACGUGUAUAGUUCCAAAACGACUUAUAUUAAAAAACGGAGGGAGUAUUGACCAAUAUACAAACAUCUGUUAUCUAAGAAACUCAAUACUACACGCAACACCAAACCCCAAAGACUCGAUCUUUUUGGCUCGUUUGUGAUUAUAAAGUUUGAUACUUUUCAGUUUUUUUUUGGAUUUAAUGGGGUAUAAUAAUCAGCCUGAUCCGGAUGCUGUUCGGUGGGGUCUCCAUGACCUGGAGGUGUGUACACUCACAAACGCUGGCUCUUGCCGCAGCGUAACGCGUUACGAGACGGAUGGUGUUGCUCAAGGCUAUGUUAGAGAAGGUUACAACAACAACAACCACACUUUGACUGGUAGUUAUGUAGACAAUGAUGCGGUCAUCGCUCAGUUUUACCAAGACGAGUUGUCCAGAGUUGAUCGAGCUGAAGCAUCUGAUGAUCCUAGUCGAACUUCAGUUGUUGACCAAGAGUGGCCUCAUCAAGGGGAAGAAGACAUUGAUAAGAACGUUGCUGCAAGGUUAAGAGAGGGAAGUUCACCAGGUCGUGAUGAUGAUGAAUCAGUUUGUUCUGUAGAGAUAGAGGAAGAAUCUUGGUCUGAGUUUGGGAAGCGGCUUAACCAAAUGAUUCCUAUUGCUCAUGUGCCUAAAAUCAAUGGAGAGUUACCGUCAGAGGAUGAACAGGUUUCUGAUCAUCAACGGCUUUCUCAGAGAUUGCAGCUUUAUGGCUUGGUGGAGAAUAAGAUUCAAGGAGAUGGAAACUGCCAGUUUCGAGCACUAUCAGACCAGCUUUACCGCUCUCCAGAGCACCAUAGUGCUGUUAGAGAACAAGUUGUUAAUCAGCUUGCGUAUAAUAGAGAGAUGUAUGAAGGUUAUGUUCCAAUGGCGUACAACGACUAUCUUAAAACAAUGAAACGGUCUGAAACUCUUUCUCUUCUCUCAGUUCUUUCCACUUAUAUAUGCUUAACAGUGAAUUAUUGGGAACAUAGGAAUGGAGAAUGGGGUGAUCACGUGACUCUUCAGGCUGCUGCGGAUUGGUUUGGUGUUCGGAUGUUUGUGAUAACUUCAUUCAAGGAUACAUGUUACAUUGAGAUCUUGCCUCAUUUGCAGAAGUCCAAUCGCCUUAUAUGUUUAAGCUUCUGGGCUGAGGUCCAUUACAAUUCAAUCUAUCCUGAAGGAGAGCUGCCGGCACCGGAGGGCAAGAAGAAGAAGAAGAAAUUUUGGGUUUUCUGAGCUCUGAUUUCUUCUGAAGGGAGCACAAAGAGGAAACAAGUCUAAAUCCAUCAUCAUGUUUAUUCUUUUUUUACUAACGUAACUUAGAAUCUAUAGAGCAAAAAUGAUCUUGUGUAUACUGAACAUAAUCCCAUUAAACCAUAGACCCCAUAGUGUGCUGAAAAGUUGUGUACUUUUUUAUAUGUUGUUGGAAUAAAUCGAUAAAAGGAAGGUUACAGUU